AUGGCAAUAAUUUCACAUAUCUUUCGGGUACUAUCCAUGCCAAAGAACUUAUUGAAGUGAAUUCUUCAUAUCCAAAUUAUUUAAUAUGUGCUGAUUUUAUGGCACCUACGAUUUUAGGAACUUGGCCAGCAUUCUGGCUAACUGCUACCUCCUGGCCUCCCGAAGUUGACAUUCUUGAAUUCAAAGGCAACACUUUAAAUAAUUUUAAUAUUUUCAUCAAUGAACCUCAUCCUGCCUACAGUGAUCAAAUUAAUAUUACUUCUCCUGCCAACUGGAACACCUUUUGUUUUUAUAUGAAUAUGAUAAAUAAUAGUAGUAAUGUUAACGCAUCAUUGUCUCUUAAUAACAUGCAAAAUAUAACGCACACAGCAGAAAAUUAUGUCGGGAAACAAUUCUGGUUAGUCAUUGACUUGCAGAUGGAAGGAUCUUCAGGGAAAGAUGGUCCACUUACUGACACAUUUUAUUACAUUCGUAAUGUCAAUAUUAUAA